AUGCAGAACGAGGACAGAAGAAAUGAUUUAAAGGCAACCGAGGAAAACAUUUCGGUAUGGAGACGCUUAGAAAAGCGCAAGAGGAGGGUUGAAGAGAGAGAGGGGGGAAGGAAAGCAGGCAGGGCAAAGGCGCUUCAGCAAGUGGAGCAGAGCGAAGUUAUCAUAACAAAGUCUCUUCAAGAACAGUUGGACUCGGCUCGCAAAGAAAAGGCGGAUUUGGAAGCCUCUAUGGAAGCGCGUGCGAAAAACUUUCAACAAACCAUGUCCCAGUUACAAAUCAAUCAAUCGAAUUCAAGCGAAUCGCCCAACACGAAAACAUCCGGCCCGAGUCUAGUUGAUCCACAGUUGCUCAAGGAGGAAUUGGACGAGGCAAACGAGAAAAUCCGACAACAAGAAUCCGAACUCAAAAAACUCAAAUUCGAAAUCGAGAUGGAAAAAGGCCACGUCAACAUCCUUCGUCACGACAACCAGAUGCUUAGGCAAUUGACGGUCGACAUGCACGCAUCCGCCGAACAAGAGGAAGAAUACAUUUCAAACAAAUUGCUCAAGCGCAUAUCUGGUCUUAAGAAGGAAAAGGGAGAAUUACUCGUUCAGGUCGAGCAAGAGGAAGAGUAUCUUACGAAUACUUUGCAAAGAAAGUUGAAUCAGUUGCAGAAAGAAAAGAUUGACAUGGAAAAUGCUUUGGAGCAAGAGCAAGAGUAUAUCGUGAAUCGGUUGCAGAAACAACUGGACGCUUUGAGGCAGCAGGCAGGGUUUGGCUAUCAUUCAAGAGAAGGUAGCGCAGUCUCUGUAUCGAACGCAAGUACGCCAUUGUUACCUCCUGGAUCACCCUCGUCAAGUAGCAAAAAAUGGCAUUCUUCGCAUUCCCCGACCACAGCCGAUUUUCCAAACACAUCUCCUGGUGUCGUCGAAGUCUUGCGUGCGGAAAUUUCUUCACUAAGAUCACGACUCUCAGAGAUCGAGAAAGAAUAUGUUCACAAAUCAAGCCAGGCGACGCGGCACAAGAAUGAAUUGAUUGAACUAAGAAAGAGGCUUGGGAUUCCUGCUGAAGAUUUGCUUGUCGAGGAACCGCCACCGGCUUUUCUCAAACACAACAGUUCGCGAGCAGCAGCAAGACGUUCAAACUCGCAUACCGUAAGCGCAAGCGCAUCGUCCGCAAAUCUUGUCCGUGCGCGAAGCGUAAGCGCCAGCGAACCAAAUAAAAAGCCAGCAAAUACGGGACUCACUUCGGAAACAGACAAUCCAUCUAUACUACGAUCGAGAAGUGGAAUAAUAUACCUUAUAGUAUACCACUUGUUACUGGCACUGAUGAUUUGGAGUUAUUCCAAAGCGACUACAACAUCACCUGGACAUCCCUCAAAGCAUCCGACCCCACAACAACCAUACAACCCGGUACCACCAUCCGAACCCAUGCAACAUGUAGUUGACGUGGACGAUGGUUCCAAUGUCAUAGUUGCAGAAACAGUCAUAACUGUAAAGAAUAACGGCAACAAACGAUACUGUCAGAAAUGCAAAGGGUUUAAACCGGAUCGGACGCAUCAUUGUAGAGUUUGCAAAAAGUGUAUUCUAAAGAUGGAUCAUCAUUGUCCCUGGCUAAACAAUUGCAUUGGCCAUAAGAACCAAAAGUUCUUUUAUCUCUUCAUCUUUUAUGCUAAUGUCUACUGUUUCUUUGUGUGUCUGACAACAGUUUUAGCCUGUGUCGAGUUUGUCAGUUCUUCACGAGAGGCAUUCAUCGAACUGGAUCUUCAUUGGACAUUCUUGGUUCUUGUCUCUGGCGUAUUUACGCUGUGUUUGGUUGGAUUUGUCAUUUAUCAUACAAACCUGAUAUGCAACAAUCAAACUACGUUGGAGAGUAUGCAAGUGAAGAAUUAUAAAGUGAAAGAGGAUGGUGAAGUGACGACGAGUAAAUAUUUAAAUUUGUUUGACGUUGGGACGAAGAACAACUGGGUACAGGUCAUGGGACCUCAAUGGUAUUUUUGGUUUGUUCCUGUAUAUAAUUCGUAA